AUGGCCCAAAGAGGGCCUUCAGGAGCUUCGGAGGCAGAAAUGCAGCAGAACCUCUGCUCCAUCAAACCUGUUGCAGGGGUGCCUGAGGGCCCAACUCUUCUCCUGAAUGCUGGUUCUGUCUCCAUCAGGGGCCUGGCCAUCAGUUACUUGGCUUCCAGUGGACUUGCCCAUACCUCCUGCUUCACAGGGCCAUUUCAGCAACUGGGCUUCUCCAACUGGCCACACUUCCAGCUCUUCCUGAUGCCUCUCAUGUCAUACAAGAAUCCGUUCCUCUGUGAAAUCUCUUCUCCCAUAACUCCCACAGUGGUGGAUCUGCUUCUCUGA